CUCCUUGCGACGAGGCUGCUUGGCGGUGCGUUUCCCGGUGACCGAACCCGGGCGCCGAAGCUAUGGGCAGCCGGGAGGUGCUGGGUCAAGCGGCCCGCCUGGCCUCCUCGGGUCUGCUCCUGCAGGUGUUGUUUCGAUUGAUCACCUUUGUCUUGAAUGCAUUUAUUCUUCGCUUCCUGUCAAAGGAAAUCGUUGGCAUAGUGAAUGUAAGGCUAACACUGCUGUACUCGACCACCAUCUUCCUGGCCAGAGAGGCCUUCCGUAGAGCGUGUCUGAGUGGGAGCCCCCAGCGAGACUGGAGCCAGACCUUCAACCUCUUGUGGCUAACAGUCCCGCUGGGUGUGUUUUGGUCCUUGCUCCUGGGCUGGGUGUGGUUACAGUUGCUUGAAGUGCCUGACCCUAAUGUCGUCCCCCACUAUGGAACUGGAGUGGUGUUGUUUGGCCUUUCAGCCGUGGUAGAGCUUCUGGGAGAGCCCUUCUGGGUCUUGGCACAAGUGCAGAUGUUUGUCAAACUCAAGGUGAUUGCCGAGAGCCUGUCCGUCAUCCUCAAGAGUGUCCUGACAGCUUUUCUUGUGCUGUGGUUGCCUCACUGGGGGCUAUACAUUUUCUCUUUGGCCCAGCUUUUCUAUACUGCAGCUCUGGUGCUCUGCUAUGUUAUUUAUUUCACAAAGUUAUUGGGCUCCUCAGAGUCAACCAAGGAACAGACUCUUCCUGUCUCCAGAAUGACAGACCUGUUACCCAGUCUUACAAGAAGCAGAGCUUUUGUAAAUUGGAAAGAGGCUAAAUUGACUUGGAGUUUUUUCAAACAGUCUUUUCUGAAGCAGAUUUUGACAGAAGGCGAGCGAUAUGUAAUGACGUUUUUGAACGUGUUAAAUUUUGGCGAUCAGGGUGUAUACGAUAUAGUGAAUAAUCUGGGCUCUCUCGUGGCCAGGUUAAUCUUCCAGCCGGUAGAGGAGAGUUUUUACAUAUUCUUUGCUAAGGUGCUGGAGAGAGGAAAGGAUGCCACCCUUCAGAAGCAGGAGGAUGUUGCUGUGGCCGCUGCGGUUUUGGAGUCGCUGCUCAAGCUGGCCCUGCUGACCGGCCUGACCAUCACCAUUUUUGGCUUUGCCUAUUCUCAGCUGGCUUUGGAGAUCUAUGGAGGGGCCAUGCUUAGCUCUGGGUCAGGUCCUGUUCUGCUGCGUUCCUACUGUCUCUACGUCCUCCUGCUUGCCAUCAAUGGAGUGACCGAGUGUUUCACAUUUGCUGCCAUGAGCAAAGAGGAGGUCGACAGGUACAAUUUCACGAUGCUGGCCCUCUCGUCUUCCUUCCUGGUGUUAUCCUAUCUCCUGACCCGAUGGUGCGGCAGCGUUGGCUUCAUCUUGGCCAACUGCUUUAACAUGGGCAUUCGCAUCGUGCAGGGCCUUCGCUUCAUCCACCGCUACUACGGAAGGAGCCCGCACAGGCCCCUGGCGGGCCUGUACCUCCCGCCCGCCCUCCUCGGGGCAUUCGCCCUCAGUGCCGGGAUUACUGGCGUGUCCGAGGUUGUCUCCGGUUUUUUUACGUUGUAAACUGCAUGGUAGUCAAUAUCCUGGCACGAAGACUUCUCCGUACCGGACCUGCUUCUACAUUUUGCCUGCAGGCGAACCCUGACAAUGCCCUUGCUGGGUCAGAGCAGGUCACUGCCUCUCAGCGCCAGUCGGAGCCCAGCCAGAGCCCAAGGAAGCCGGGGAUGGAGAAAAGACUGCUCAGUUCACGCUGAGCUCAUGACCAACCAGCCAGCCUGGAGGCCCGGACUCAGGACCUGCUGGCCAGUGGGCCGAAUCCCUCCUUUCACUGGGGUCCCACGUCUGGAAAGGGCUUCACAUGAUGCCAGGCACCCAGCAAUGGUCAGCAUUAACUGUGGUAUCAUGGCAGCCUGUCACUUGGUCACUCAAUCAACAGUCUUUCUCACUGCUGAGGCCAGGAAAACCCCAGAGGAACAGCGGCCUCAGUGUCCCUGGUGCCCACACGCCGGCAACGAGGACCGGACAUUCCAGGCUCUAAGGCCUCCUCGGCCGCAGACAGAAGGAGAGUGUGUGUCUGUCCCAAGGAAUUGCUUCCCAGAAAGUGUCAGGAAAUUCAUCAAUGCCCCAGCUCUCCUCUGAUUAAUCUGAUUAAUCAGCUUGACUGCCUGGGGAACUUGGGGACAAAAAGCCACCAGAAGCAGAAAGGAAGGGAACAGCCCGGAAGGCAUCUCUUCUGCUGCUCCCACUCCACCCCGGGGUUGACACACCCUCCACGAGCUAAUGGCUUUGAGCCUCUGUGUCCCCGCCCAGAGGCACGGAGUGCAUCCCCUUAAGCUCUGAGCCCGUGUUUGCAGCCUUCGUGCAGGCUUGGUGAGCUGCUCGGCCCAUAGGUUGAGUCCCAUAGUCUUGACAAAGUCAUCCCAAGUUCUCGUGCCUUUGGCCAUAGACCUGAGAGAAGAUCCCUGCUAUGCUGUCUCCUGACUUCAUGAUUUACUGGGCGAUUUACGAACUCUUUAUCUAAACCCUACCUGU